AUGGCAUCCACAGCCAGCCUCUCACUGAUUCUCAGUCUUCUAGUUUUAAGCAUAUCCCCAUUACUAGCUGAUUAUUAUUCAAACCAGAAAGUCAUGAAUGUUAUAGACUCUUGUUGGCGGGGAAAAGCCAAUUGGGUGGCCAACCGCCAUGCACUAGCGGAUUGCGCUGUAGGCUUUGGCAGAAACGCUAUCGGAGGAAAGAAAGGGGCGAUUUAUGUGGUAACGAAUCCAUCGGAUGAUCCUGCUAAUCCUAAACCAGGCACACUCCGGUACGGUGUGAUCCAAUCAAAGCCAUUGUGGAUUAUCUUUGCAAAAGACAUGGUAAUUACUCUUAGAAAUGAGCUUAUGAUAAACAGUUUUAAGACCAUUGAUGGGAGAGGGGUGAAAGUGGAAAUCGCUUAUGGUCCAUGCAUUACAAUACAAUAUGUUAGUCAUGUUAUUAUACAUGGGAUUAGCAUUCAUGAUUGUAAGCCGGGAAAGUCCGGCCUUGUUCGGAACAGCCCGACCCAUGUCGGCCACCGCAGAGGCUCUGAUGGGGACGCCAUCGAUAUAUUUGGCUCGACUGAUAUAUGGAUUGACCACUGUUUCCUUUCGCACAGCGCCGAUGGCCUAAUUGAUGUAAUCCAUGCUUCAACUGCCAUAACCAUCUCUAACAACUUCUUUUCCCAACAUGACAAAGUUAUGUUAUUUGGGCACGACGAUAAGAAUACAGAGGACAAAGUUAUGAAAGUGACAGUUGCGUUCAAUCAUUUUGGCCCUGGUUUAGUUCAAAGGAUGCCAAGGGUCAGGCUAGGUUACUCUCAUGUGGCCAACAAUAGAUAUGAUGCGUGGGAAAUGUAUGCUAUUGGUGGCAGUGCUAAUCCAACCAUUUUUAGUGAAGGAAAUUACUACAUGGCUCCCAAAAACGCUUAUUCAAAACAAAUUACAAAGAGAGAGGUCAAGAAUGGGUGGAAGAACUGGAAAUGGAGAUCAUCCAAGGACAGAUUUGUGAGUGGAGCUUAUUUUAUUCAAUCAGGAUGGGGAAGUACUGCACCUGGUUACACUAAGUUGCAGGCGUUUCCGGUCGCGGAUGGGUCAAAGGCGCUAGCUCUAACGUCUGAUGCAGGCCCUUUGAGAUGCAGUAGUACUAAAGCUUGUUGA